CAAGGCACAUGAAGCAAUUCUAAUAAUUUCUCAGUGGUACUUGUAUACAAUCAUCAGCAGCCUGCAACAAGCAGAUCAAAGCCUUUGCUGCAGCAGAUGCUGCUUUGGUGCAAUGGAACCUCUUCUUGCUGAAACAACAGAUUCCCAGUGAUAAACAAUAACCUUCUGAUGCAAAGAAACAACAUAUGUUGUCAGUGACACCAUGACCACAAAUGACCUGGGCUCUGUGGCAUCGUUCACGUGCCCAAACAUUCCACAUCAUUGUAAUCAUAAAUGCACAUGUUGUGCAAUUAGCAGAAUGUGAGUUGCAAUGUAUAGAUUUGACAUUAGUAAUAGCCCCACUGUUGAUUCCGCUAUGACAAUGAUGUCUCCCUCACUGUUUUAUAUGGGUACUAAACCCAAAACAACAUUGACAGAAUUCGGAGGAUAGCCUGUUCAACCUGAAGUUCUGCAAAACAUAUUCAGAAGGUAAUCCAUUCAGCAAGAAGCACCAUGUUCAGAAUUUAACGUCCAAGAUUGUGUACAAGUCAUAAUAGAAACGAAUACUGGAAAAGUGUGCUCUAACAAUGUAAGCCACUCCAUAAUUAUUAUCCUGAAAUAAGAAGCAUUCUUCCAUGCCUUUAUAUUAAGGCUAGAUUCCCUGAUAUAGCGGUCUCACAUUGAGUUGAGUCAAGAGAGUUUUAUUGUCAUGUGUCCCAGAUAGGACAAUUAAAUUCUUACUUGCUGCAGCACAACAGAAUAUGAGAGCUGUUCAAGAAGAAAAUGCUGGAAAAUCGAAGGUACACAAAAAUGCUGGAGAAACUCAGUGGGUGCAGCAGCAUCUAUGGAGCGAAGGAAAUAGGUAACGUUUCGGGCCGAAACCCUUCUUCAGAAUAUGAGAGCUGAUCCUUUUGCUUUCGCUAAGUGAGUUAAAUUCAAUCCUAAUAUUUUUGACAUUAAACCUCGAUGUAUUCCUGUCCCUUUUAAAUGUAAUGACAUUAUAGCGGUAUUAGCCUAUCUUUGACUUUGCCAACAUUGAGAGAAAUGAGUGCCGGGUGCAGCUCACUCCCACCCACUAGUGGUGAAUAGUGAUUGCACACCACUGCAUUGAAACCUAAUAAAACAUUGCCCUAACUAUUGGCAGCCAAUCAGCGCCAAGCCUGCCUUCUCAGCAAACCUCCCAUGCACUUGUUUAAAUUGAGAGAGAUCAAUUAUAUCCAGGCUGUGGGAGCUUUACGCACGACACCAGUCAAAGCAGAAAGUUAAAAAUUGUUGCCGAGGGAUGGAAUGCCUACAUUUAAAGACUUGUCCAGAGGGAAAAGAGUGAGCAAAACAAAGGCACAAGGGAUGAGAGGCUACGUCGCUUAUUUUGCGUUGUGUUUUACGUAACUUCAUUUGCCUACCGAUUACAAGGGAAGGGAACUCUUGAAACAUGUGUCCUGAUGCUGUCCCGAAACAUCAGCAGCAGCAACAAUAACUCUGACAGGAUGAAUGAUGGUCACUAAAUGAUCGGAAAGAAAUUAUCAGCUGUGAGUACUAUCAUUAGAAGGUGAUGCUGGGAGGUAGCCUGUGUGAAUUUAUACUGUGACAUUAUGCCAUCACAUUAGUAAUAGCCACAGUCUCUGUGGUUAAGCAUGCAGAACUGAACGCUCAAAGACGGCAGCCCUGCACUAUGCGGAUCCCUGUGCAGUUCAUGGUUUAAUAAUGAAACUGAUGUGAAAUGAAAUUGCCUGUUUAACUCUGAGCAAACUUCACUGCAACGUUUCAAGAGUGGACCACUAAACUGAGACAAUGAGUAGCUCUGGAUUGAUCAUUCUUGUUCUGUGGUGGCUAAUGGCAGAGUUGUUUCUGUAUUCGAUCUCAAGCAAAGUAAAAAACAGCCUCCAUGUUUGUCCUGGGGUAUGCAUUUGUGCCUCAGACCUGCUGAGCUGUGUUAGUCGGAGUCUGUCUGUGCUGCCUCCUGGAUUGCCCAACACUGCAACUAGUUUGGACCUCAGUCACAACAACUUGCAUCAGCUGCAGGACAGAUGGCUGGUGCAGCUACCUCGUCUGCACAUGCUUAGAUUGGGUCACAACCGCAUCAGCCACAUAACGGCAGGUGCCUUCCAUAAUGCCUCCCGGCUCACGCACCUAGACCUGUCCUCCAACAGGCUCCACUCGGUGGAGAGGCACUUCUUCCAGGAACUGAUCAAUCUGCAGGAGCUGCUGCUUUACAACAACCAAAUACAGUGGGUGGAUGGUGAUGCUCUGAUCAUGCUCAGCAGCGUGCAGAAGGUGUACCUCAGCUGGAACCUGCUGACAGAUUUUCCCUACAGUGCCUUGCAGGAGGACAGCUUGUCUCAGUUGAAGAUAAUGGACAUUUCAUCCAACAGGCUCUCUUCCAUUCCCUUUGAUGAAGUGAUUACAUUACCUCAGAAUGUUAAGAAUGGCCUCUACCUUCACAACAACCCUUUCACAUGUGAUUGCACUCUGUACAACAUGUUCCUGCACUGGGAGAAGAGUGGGUUUAAUUCAGUACACGACUUUCGAGAAGAACACACCUGCCUGGCUCUGAGGCAGCCCAGAGCCUCUUUGCGUUUCCUGAAGCACCGUAAAAGGUUUGAGAACUGCACCCUUGUUGGACUGAUCGGGAUGGGAGAUGCUGCUUUCACAGGGGUGGUGGGGGAGCCGGUACUGAUUGGCUGCGAGACCAGCUUGCAGGGCAAGCAGAUCACCUACCUGUGGAUUUCACCAAACAAAGAGCUUAUCACAAGCAGCUUCAACCAGACAUUCAAGCUCUACUCCAAUGGGAGCUUGGAGAUCCGUAAGGCUCAUAAAGAGGAUGCUGGUAUCUACACUUGCAUUGCAAUUGACAAGGGUCUGAUGCGCAAUGAGUCCCAUGAGGUCAACGUGACAGUGUAUCACAGAAAGCAAAAUGGCGAGGGCUUCAACACCGGGUUCACCACUCUCCUCGGGUGUGUGGUGAGCUUGGUCUUGGUGCUAAUGUACUUGUACCUGACUCCAUGUCACUGCUGUUACAAGCCACCACAAAACCCUGUUCCGCCAAACGAGUGCAGUGCCCGUUCCUCCAUAUUAAGUGCUACCCCGCCAUGCAACGAUGAAGCCGGCCGUAAAGCUGGCGGUGGCAAGCAUGUGGUGUUCCUGGAGCCGGUAAAAGAUUGCCAGAAUGGCAAGAUACGGCUCGCGGUCAGUGAGGAGUUCCCAGAUAUCAAAAACCCCAAACUCCUACAAUUAAAAUCAGACACAGAUUCCAUCAGUUCUGUUUUCUCAGACACUCCCAUUAUGCACUAGGAGGAGGAAAGAAAGCUUUUAUACGCUGUUAGAAAUUCCUCAGUAACCCAAUUAACCCACUGAGCUUUGCUGGUAGAAGUGAUGCUGUACACUACAAUUUCACAUCAAAUGCCAAAAUGCACUUUGAUCAGUUUACAAGUAGUUCCGCUGCACAUGCCACUUAACAGAAAUUCAAUACCCUUUGAUGGGAAAGGCAGGUAAUGAUAUUGUGCUAAUUACAACUCUCCGUAAUCCUCACAUGAUUAGUUUGGGUCUCACUUUUUAUCCAGAUGUUUUGAGUUUGGCAAAGAUCCCGUUCUAGCCAACAACAGGACGUGUGGGAUGAAGGAGGCCAGUGUUUGGCUAGAAUUUAUAAACUGAUGCAAAAUGAAGAGAACGUGUUCUACAUUAAAUAUAUUGUCCUCAUUAUCUAUGUAUG